AUGGGGCGAGAUCGACGAGGCAGCUUUGACGAUGCUUUCACACCCUUGGUGCAGCUGCCCAGUGUGGUGAACAUGACGGACGGGACGCGUACCGAGAAGGACCUCCUUGGAACCAAAGAGGUGCCCAAGAGUGCUUACUACGGCGUCCAGACCCUUCGAGCGCUCGAGUGCUACAACAUCACGGGUAUCCGGCUGCGGAAUUUCCCAGAGUUCAUCGUUGCCUUCGCCAUGGUCAAGACGGGGAAGGCUUGCGCACAGGCGAACUACAAGCUUGGCUUGCUAGACAUGGCAAAGAAGGAUGCGAUCUGCCGUGCUUGCCAUGAGCUCAUUGAUCCGUACGACACCGACAACGGGGAGAACAAAGGAACGGAGAUGCGGGAAAACUUCCUCGUGGACAUGAUCCAGGGUGGCGCGGGAACAUCAACCAACAUGAAUGCCAACGAGGUCAUUGCAAACAGAGCCCUCGAGUUGCUCGGGAAGGAGCGUGGUCAAUACGAGUUCUGCAGCCCGAACGACGACGUCAACAAGGGCCAGUCCACCAAUGACUCGUAUCCCACUUCGGCGAAAAUCGCAUGCAUCCUCAUGCAUUCCGAGCUGUUGACUGCCAUCAAGAAUCUCAGCAAAGCAUUCUUUGACAAGGCCAAGGAGUUCUCCGACGUCGUGAAGAUGGGCCGUACGCAGCUUCAGGACGCAGUUCCCAUGACGCUGGGACAGGAGUUUCAAGCCUAUGGGAACAGCGUGGCUAGCGACAUCGAGGCGUUGACACUUCGGCGAGCGAUUCGAGCAGCGCUACGAACAGGCGAUUUGGCCGCACAAGACUGGUUCUGUACCUCGAACUUGGGCGGCACUGCCAUCGGUACCGGCAUCGCCGCCGAUCCCCACUUCUCGCAGAUCGCAGUUCAGGCCCACAAGAAGCAGGGUGACAUGAUCUUCUUCUCUGGAAUGCUGCGCCGCAUCGCAGCCAAGGUUUCCAAGAUCUGCAACGAUUUGCGGCUCUUGUCCUCAGGCCCCCGCUGUGGACUCGCGGAGAUCAACUUGCCGCCAAAGGCUCCAGGUUCGUCGAUCAUGCCGGGGAAGGUCAACCCAGUGAUUCCAGAGGUGAUGAACAUGUGUGCUUUUGAAGCGAUGGGGAAUGACGUGACGGUGGCCAUUGGCGCCGAGGCUGGGCAGCUGGAGCUGAACGUGAUGGAGCCUGUAAUCAUCUACAAGCUGUUCAGCACUCUGAGAGUACUGGCACGAGGCAUCAACACUCUUCGGAGCCACUGCAUCGAAGGGAUCACUGCCAACAAGGAGCACUGCAAGGACAUGGUCUACAACAGUGUGGGCGUGGUGACCGCUCUUCUUCCCCACAUCGGCUACAAGAAGUGCACCGAAGCAGCAGCCAUGGCUGUAAAGGACAAGCGCCCGGUCGCCGAUAUCAUCGUCGAGCUCGGCUUCUUGAAGAGAGACGAGGUCGAAAAACUGCUGCAGCCUGAGUCCAUGUGUGGGCCUACUGCGAAGAGGGCCCGGACAAGUUGA